AUGAAUAUCUUGCCUUCACGCAUCAACAGACUAAUAGCAAGAAUUCGAGUUUCUCCUGAAGCCACCAUUCCAACAUACGACGUUAAGGACCACACAGUGGUUACUCUGUUUGACGACCUACCCGAGGAGGAGAAGAAAGCAGCAUUGGAGAAGCUUGAUCAGCUUGCUUCAGCCCAGCCUGCAAAUCCACCUCAAGUCAUCUCGGUUCAACCAUCUUCGCGCCGCCGUCGCUUUUUCAAUUGGAGAAUCUUCACUAUGGUUUUCCUAGGUUUAGGCUUCGUUGCCUUCGCUGUCGUCGCAUCGGUGGUACUAGCAGUCGAUACCACCAAGGAUCCAGAGUUGGUGGCAAAGCUGCGAAUGGCCAGUACGAAUCUUGAUCGUAUGGCUCUUUUACCCAAGGAUGAGGACUGGUUCUUUGACUUCACCAAGCAAGACAAGUACACGUUCUCACCGGGUGGUGUCAUCAACGCCAAUGCUGCCACUUUUCCGGCUACAGUUGGCCAGGGCAUGACACUGGCAAUGCUGAAUCUUGGACCGUGCUCCAUGCUACCACCACAUCUUCAUCCUCGUGCUGCAAAUUAUGUCGUUGCCAUCUCUGGAACAACUCAAACAUAUAUGAUCAAUGAGAAUGGUGCGCGAACUGUACAAGCCACACUUCGUUCAGGUCAGAUGACAAUAUUUCCAACCGGCUCUAUUCACACCAUGAUGAAUAUCGGCUGUGAAAAUGCACAACUCAUCUCUGCAUUGAACAGCGAUGAUACCGGGACCUUGAAUGUUGCCAAUGCAUUUUUCAGCUUGCCUCAAAACAUAUCUGGGACCGUUCUUGGUGGAGAUGUUAAUGUUCAAAAUGUCUUUGGUCAGAUUCCUACGCCAGGGACUGGAGCAAAUUUUGGGCCAGAUCAAUGUAUUGCUGCUUGUGCCGCAAAAGGCAAGAUGGUGAAACGCACCUUUUGA